AGCACUCUCGCUUUCUCUCCGAUCACUGAAAACGAACUCGAAAACAUUGUUGUGACGAUUCUAAAUUUUUGGAGCCUGCUGAGAAAAGAAUAGCACAAUGGAUCGUGACUCCAAGUCCGAGACUUCAAAAAAGGCACGUACUUUUGACUUCAUGACCAUGUUUCAAGAAGCAAAGUUGACAGCUAUGGAGAGAUGUGGUGGAAACCAGGAUGCGCUACAGACAGAACCCACAAAUGAAGAAGAUGUGAUACCUGUGGAAGAGUCAAAAGUCAAAAAGAAGAAAGAGAAGAAAAUGAAGAAAAAGUCCAAACACAAGCACAAACACAAGCACAAACAUAAGCACAGUCGGUCUCGUGGUGGCUCGUCUGACGAAGCUGAGUCAGAUGAAGACGAAAAGUCAUCAGGCGGCAAACGGAUACCUAGAGAAGGUACACAGGACAGUGAUGACAGCAGUGAUGAAGCUGUGGGACCCCCACUACCUCCUGGUUUUGUCCCUCUAGCACAAGAAAACAACGGUAUGGGAAAAGGCGAUGGUGUAGCGCAAAAAGUACAAGAGAAGGGCGUAGAUGAUGACAAUGAGAAGAAAGCUGAUUCCUUGAUCAUGGGACCCCCUCCUCCUCCAGGCUUUAGACCACAGUUUUCUAAACCCUCAACAUCGAAAACGCAGUCGCAAAGUUCAAGUGCAUCCAUUAUCCCCACAAAUGAGGAUUCUGAUAAUGAGGAUGAGGAGAUGUCAGAUGAUGAUGAUAAUCCACUGAACAAAAUUCCAGAAAGUCAUGAAAUUGUUUUUGAUCAUGGAAAUAAAACAAUUUCAGCACUUGCCCUUGAUCCUUCAGGGGCCCGUUUAGUGUCUGGCAGCUAUGAUUUUGACAUCAAAUUAUGGGACUUUGCUGGCAUGGAUGCAUCCUUGAAGUCUUUCAGAUCCUUGAGACCCUGUGAAUGCCACCAGAUCAAAGGUCUGGAGUACAGCCCAACUGGCGACUCCAUCCUUGUGGUAGCGGGCAAUGCACAAGCAAAGGUCAUCGACAGGGAUGGCUUUGAAGUGAUGGAGUGUGUCAAAGGAGAUCAGUAUCUGGUGGAUCAAGCCAGUACUAAAGGGCACACAGCUGCUCUCAAUUAUGGAUGCUGGAAUCCGAAGCUGAGAGAGGAGUUCCUGACUUGUGCCAAUGAUUGCACUGUAAGACUGUGGGACCUGAACAAGAAAUUCAAACACAAGGACAUCAUCAAGACAAAAGGUCAGGGAGGUCGUAAGACCAUACCGACGUGCUGCACCUACAGUAAUGAUGGUCGCUACAUUGUCGCUGCAUGCAAUGAUGGGUCCAUUCAGCUGUGGGAUCACAACAAACACACAUUUGUCAAUGUUGCCAUGCACAACAGGAGUGCUCAUAUGAACGGGUCGGAAACGUCUAGUUUGAGGUUUUCUUACGAUGGUCUCACCUUAGCCUCCAGGGGUGGAGAUGAUACCCUUAAACUUUGGGACCUGAGGAACUUCAAACAACCCUUGAAAGUGGCAAACAACUUACCCAACAUGUUUCCCAUGACAGACUGCCUUUUCAGCCCAGAUGAUCGGCUUCUGGCAACAGCUGUAUCACUCCAGAAAAAUGAGACAGAUGGGAAAAUUGUUUUCCUUGACCGGAGCACACUAGAUAUUGUGAAGGAAAUGCAUGUGUCUGAUACUAGUACAAUCAAAUUUCUGUGGCAUCCAAAAUUGAACCAGAUGGUGGUUGGCUGUGGAAAUGGUCAAGUGAAACUCUUUUAUGACCCAGUGAAGAGUCACAGAGGAGCCAUGCUGUGCGUGGUGAAGAAACAGAGGAAGGUGAAACAAGCGGAGAUCAUGGCAGCUCAGAACAUCAUUACUCCCUAUGCUCUGCCAAUGUUCAGACAGGGGAGACCAACCAGCACUCGCAAGGCAGAGGAGAGGGUGAGGAAAGAUCCAGUGAAGAGUCACAGACCAGACCUGCCUGUCUCUGGACCUGGUACUGGUGGUCGUGUCGGAGCGAAAGGAGCGACCCUAUCGCAGUACGUGGCUCAGCAGCUUGUGUCUCGGAAGCCGGAUCCGUAUGAGAAAGAUCCACGUGCUGCUAUCUUGAGACAUGCCAAGGAUGCUGAAGAAAACCCAUAUUGGAUUGACCCAGCCUACAAAAAAACUCAGCCUGUGCCAGUUUUUAGACAACCAGAUGAGGACAACAAGAAAGAAGAAGAUGACGAGGGACCUCUUUGGAAGAAGAAAAAAUUGGGAUAGGCAGCUGGUUAUUGAUUGAAAUGCUUUCUGAUGUACUCCUGAAAUAAACUUUGAAAAAACCCCAAACAAA